UAGAGAAAUCAGAGAAGCGGCGCUACUGUUCUUCUUCUCCACUGAGCUCGACCUCAACUCGCCUGAGUUCGAGCGAGCUCACUCAAAACGGUCCUUCUCUCCACGUCACCUCUAUUUCCCAAUGGAUUUGUCAGAGAAGAGUACGAUUAUUCCCUCAAAACCGCGGAUUUUUGUACAAAAGGAAAAUUGUUGGAUAAAUGGGAGUCGUGGAUAGAAGUGAAUCAAUCCACGCCCUCCAUUUGUCCCAAAAUUGUUCAAAAAUUUGAGAAAUAUUUACGGAGUUCUUGGCAGAUUUUGGAAGAAUUUUCGAGGGCUCUAUAUAUAUGAGGUAAGUCUUCUGUGCUAAAAGGGCAAAGAGAGAAAAAAAUCAGGAGAAAAAAUCGGAUAAAAUCUUCAAAAAACUUAGUCGAAAAAUUUCUAAAGUUUUUUUUAGUAGUCACUUUUCUUCAAGCCCUUCUUCUUCAGUCUAUUUUUUUUUCCAUAAAAACAAAAAAAAAAUGGCUUGAGUUCUGCUUUCAUUCAGGUUUUAUUCAAGUUUUGUUUUUUUUUUAGAGAAAAAAUCAAAAAAGAAAAAGGGCUACUGGAACAGAUAUCUUUUAGCCUUGGUUCUUUUCUUGAUUUCUGGUUCUAAAAGGAAGUUUUGGAUUGAAUUUCAAGUUGAAGUUUGUGUCUGGUUUUUUCUUUUGGAUCUCUGCAUUCUGUCGAUUAUGUUCGAAAAAAAAAGGAAUUGAAAACCGAUUUGGAUUCUAUUCUCCUGCGUCGCAUGUACUGGGAUUUUGGAGGGAUAACUAGGCUCCGAUGUUGCUGUUUCACCGCUGAAUUUAGCUGUUCAUCCUUGCUGGCAUCAACAUUUCUUAUCUUGCUUUCAUUUGGUUUUAAGAAUUGGUUUGAGGCGCAACCAGGAUCUUUUUAGUGAGGGUGGAUAUGAUUAUGAAAUUUUUCAAAGCUAUUCCAACUCCUCAAACUUCUGGUUCUAGUUCUGGUUCUAGUCCUCCUACGCCAAGUUCUUCGCCAAGUCCAACUAUUCAUGACAAUAUCAAUCUUUCGGCAGGAUUAAACAAAGAGAAAAUGUUGAAUUUGAAUCUUGAACCCGAUCGUGCAGAAAGAAAGCAAAUUUUAGAGUAUCCUCCAAAUUUACGUGGUCGAGUGAGGAGACAUUAUAUUCAACCAGGGCCUUGUCAACCUUGUAAUUGUAGCUUUCCAAAAAGAGAUUUUGGUGGAUUUAUGCGUCAAUUUAAUAUUGAAUGGUUUAACACUUCAUACUCUGGAUGGUUAGAAUAUAGUGUUAAAGUUGAUGCAACAUUUUGCUUAUGUUGUUACUUGUUUAAAAAUGAGCAUGGAGGACAUGGAAAAGUUGGGGAUUCUUUCACAAAGAAUGGUUUUAGAGCUUCGAAUAAAGCUAUAGAAAGGUUUAACGCACAUAUUGGAGAGGUGAAUAGUCUUCACAAUCGGUGUUUUAAGAUGAUGAGAGAUUUAAUUAAUCAAGAACAAUCAAUGCUAACUUCUUUUGACAAGCAGGCUGAAAAAAUUAAAAGUGAUUAUCGAGUUCGGUUGAAUGUUUCGAUUGAUGUGGCAAGAUUUCUUUUAAAACAAGGAAUGUCUUUCCGGGACCACGAUGAAGGUGAAACUUCUACUAAAAGAGGAAAGUUUGUAGAACUCUUACAAUGGUAUGCAGGUAGGGAUGAUGAAGUGAAAAAAGUUGUGCUACAAAGUGCUCCACAAAAUAACAUGAUGAUUUCUCCAAAUAUCCAAAAAGAGAUCGCGAAUGCAUGUGCGAAAGAAAUAAUGAAAGCAAUAGUUGAAGAUUUGAAUGGAGAUUAUUUUGGAAUUUUGGUUGAUGAAUCUAAGGACGUCUCUCAUAAGGAACAAAUGGCUCUUGUUCUGUGGUAUGUCAACAAAGAGGGAAAACUUAUUGAGUGAUUCCUUAGUAUUGUUCAUGUUAAAAAAAACAACUUCAUCGUCAUUGCAAAAAGCAAUCUAUGAUUUGCUUUUAGAGCACUCAUUGAGUCCAUCUCAAAUACGAGGACAAGGUUAUGAUGGGGCUAGUAACAUGCAAGGAGAAAUCAAUGGUCUUAAAACUUUAAUUCUGAAUGAUAAUCCUUCGGCAUAUUGUAUACAUUGCUUUGCCCAUCAAUUGCAAUUGACUCUUGUAGCCGUUGCAAAAAAACAUUGUGAUGUAGAUCAAUUUUUUGAUAUUGUUGCUAAUGUCUUGAAAAUUGUUGGAAGUUCUUUUAAGCAUAGGGAUAUGCUUCGAGAGGAUCAGGAAAAAAAAUUAGAUGAGCUACAAGUGCUUGGUGAAUUUCAUACAGGAAGUGAACUAAAUCAAGAACUUGAACUCCAAAGGCCAGGUGAUACUCGAUGGGGUUCUCAUUUUAAGAUAGUGCGUAACUUUAUUACAUUAUUCUCAUCUAUCAUUAAUGUACUUGAGUUUCUUGCAAGUGAGGGUGAAAAUUAUCUAGAGAGAUCAGUGGCAAAAAGUUUAGUGAAUGACAUAAGGUCUUUUGAGUUUGUGCAUAUGAUGCACUUGAUGUUAAAAUUAUUGGCAAUUACAAAUGAUUUGAAUAUGGCUUUGCAAAGAAAAGAUCAGGAUAUUGUAAAUACUAUGAAGCUUGUUGGUUUCGCCAAGAGGCAAUUGCAAGGGAUGAGAGAAUCUAAAUAGGAAUCUUUGAUAAAUGAUGCCUCUUCAUUUUGUGCCAAGUAUGAUAUUGUGAUCUCUGAAAUGGAUAAGAACUAUCAUCUUGGAAAGUCAAAGCGUAGGAGUUCAAGUGUUACAUAUUCUCAUCAUUUGCAUGUCGAUGUUUUUAAUACUGUUAUUGAUUUGCAACUUUCAGAGCUUAACAGUCGUUUUGAUGCGGUGAAUAGUAAUACUUCUUGGUAUGGCUAGUUUGAGUCCGGAUAAUUCUUUUGCAAAUUAUGAUAAAGAAAGAAUUAUGAAACUUGCUACACUUUAUCCUCAUGAGUUUAGUUGUUCAAAGCUUGAAGAUCUUAGUUACGAGCUUGACAACUAUAUUCUCUUUGUGAAAGAAGACAACGAUUUCUCUAACUUGAAAGGACUUGGAGAUCUUUCAGAAACACUAGUUGAAACAGAUUUGUACAAGACUUGGAGACUUGUUUUUUUGCUUGUGAAGUUAAGUCUCAUAUUGCCUGUCGCUACUGCAACAGUAGAAAGAGCUUUUUCUUCAAUGAAGUACAUCAAAAAUGA